AUGUGCAAGAACUUAGAGCAGACCCUGAAAGAGGCCAGCCUUCUGAGAAACUACAUCCUGCUCUGGGCUGAACGAUGGAACUCCAACAGUAAAACGGACAGGAGGAACAGGAAGUUCAAAGAGGCCGAGCGUCUGUUCAGUAAAUCGUCCGUCACGUCGGUCGCUGCGGUGUGUGCGCUCGGCGGGAUCCCGGAUCACAUGAACGACAAGCGUGAAGCCGGCAGCGGCACCGAGAGCGACGGCUCUCCGGACCUUCAGAACCAGGAGAACGAGCCGAGCCAGGAGGACACGGAGGACAUGGACUCGGCGCUGCAGGACCUGAAGCCUCAGAAAGCCUCGUCCUCGUCCUCGGGCAGCCACCACGGCAGCCACAAGAAGAGGAAGAACAAGAACAGACACAGCCCGUCGGCCAUGUUUGAUUAUGACUUUGAGUUCGACAUGAAGGUCAACAAGAAACCCCGAGCUGACUACUCUACCUGAACUUCUCUGGACCUGGACUCACGUAGACCAACUCCCUGUGGACUUCUCCCCUGGUUCUGUUGGACCCGUUAGAACCUGCUGUUGCUCCUCCUGUAUUUAUUGUGAAGCUUUUUGUUAAACAUCAGCCGCGUUGUUUACGUUUGUUUUACAGAAAAUUAAUAAAAGACCAAAAACACGAAUGUUGUUGUUUUUGA